GGUUGCUUGGUGUGGCCGCCGCCUUCCCCCGCCCCGAUGGCGCGGAUGCCGCGUCAGUGAUGUGAAGCAGUGCUCAAGCUUGUCCGGCCCCCGGCCCGCAGCCCAUUACACCAUCCGCCGCGGCAGCCGCUGCGGCCCGCGCAGACUGGGAGGGCGGGAGGCAGCUCGGCGUGGCGGGGCGGGGCGAGCGGCGCGGCCAGAUUCAUUCCUGUGGGGCGCGGGGCAUGGAGGAGCUGUGCGGCCGAAGGCGGAGCACCGCGGCCCGGGCGGCGGGGACACCGGUUUGAAUUUGAAGGGGGCGGCCUGAGCCCGAGCGGCCAGCGGCGGCGGGGAGGACUAGCCCCCGGGCAGUUUGGUGCUCUGGUUGUCAGAUGUUGGAAGACAAUAGGACAGAACGUACUGUUCGUGGUUUUAUAUCCACUCGGGUGCAGUGAUUAACCCUGAAGUUUCAUUCCUGUAACUCUUGCCUGUGUCGAUAGAGUUAAGCUGGAGCUUUGCUCUGAAGGAUAAAUAAAGCACAGCCUCUGAACUGGACAUAAAUGGAUCUAAAGACAGCAGUAUUUAACGCAGCUCGGGAUGGCAAACUCCGGCUUCUUACCAAGUUGUUGGCAAGCAAAUCCAAAGAGGAGGUUUCCUCCCUGAUCUCUGAAAAAACAAAUGGGGCCACGCCACUUUUGAUGGCCGCCAGGUAUGGGCACCUUGACAUGGUGGAAUUCCUUCUGGAGCAGUGCAGUGCCUCGAUAGAAGUCGGCGGCUCGGUCAAUUUUGAUGGCGAAACCAUUGAGGGGGCUCCCCCGUUGUGGGCCGCUUCUGCAGCGGGACAUCUGAAGGUGGUUCAGUCCUUGUUAAAUCAUGGAGCAUCUGUCAACAACACGACUUUAACCAAUUCAACUCCUCUUCGAGCUGCCUGUUUCGAUGGCCAUUUGGAAAUAGUGAAGUACCUUGUAGAACACAAAGCUGAUUUGGAAGUGUCAAACCGACAUGGGCAUACGUGCUUGAUGAUUUCAUGUUACAAAGGACACAAAGAGAUUGCUCAGUAUUUACUUGAAAAGGGGGCAGAUGUUAAUAGAAAAAGUGUUAAAGGAAAUACUGCAUUGCAUGAUUGUGCAGAAUCUGGAAGUUUGGACAUCAUGAAGAUGCUUCUUAUGUAUUGUGCCAAGAUGGAAAAGGAUGGUUAUGGAAUGACUCCCCUUCUCUCAGCAAGUGUGACUGGUCACACAAAUAUUGUGGAUUUUCUGACUCACCAUGCACAGACCAGCAAGACGGAACGGAUCAAUGCUCUGGAACUUCUGGGAGCUACAUUUGUAGACAAAAAAAGAGAUCUACUUGGGGCUUUGAAAUACUGGAAAAAGGCAAUGAACAUGAGGUACAGUGAUAGGACUAAUAUAAUUAGCAAACCAGUACCACAGACACUAAUAAUGGCUUAUGAUUAUGCCAAGGAGGUAAACAGUGCAGAAGAACUAGAAUGUCUUAUUGCUGAUCCUGAUGAGAUGAGAAUGCAGGCACUAUUAAUUAGAGAACGUAUUCUUGGUCCUUCUCAUCCUGAUACCUCUUACUAUAUUAGAUAUAGAGGCGCUGUCUAUGCAGACUCUGGAAAUUUCAAACGAUGCAUCAACCUAUGGAAGUAUGCGUUGGAUAUGCAACAGAACAAUUUGGACCCUUUAAGCCCCAUGACUGCCAGCAGCUUACUGUCUUUUGCAGAACUGUUCUCUUUUAUGCUACAGGAUAGGGCUAAAGGCCUGCUGGGCACCACUGUUACAUUUGAUGAUCUUAUGGGCAUACUAUGCAAAAGUGUCCUUGAAAUAGAGCGAGCUAUCAAACAAACUCAGUGUCCAGCUGACCCAUUACAGUUAAAUAAGGCUCUUUCUAUCAUUUUGCACUUAAUUUGCUUGUUAGAAAAAGUUCCUUGUACCCUAGAACAGGACCAUUUCAAAAAGCAGACUAUAUACAGAUUUCUAAAGCUACAUCCAAGGGGAAAGAAUAACUUCAGCCCUCUUCAUCUGGCUGUGGACAAGAAUACUACAUGUGUAGGGCGGUACCCUGUUUGUAAAUUUCCAUCUCUGCAAGUUACUGCCAUACUGAUAGAAUGUGGUGCUGAUGUGAACGUCAGAGACUCCGAUGACAACAGUCCCCUACAUAUCGCUGCUCUGAACAACCAUCCAGACAUCAUGAAUCUCCUUAUUAAAUCAGGUGCACAUUUUGAUGCCACAAACUUGCACAAACAAACUGCUAGUGACUUGUUGGAUGAGAAGGAAAUAGCUAAAAAUUUGAUCCAGCCCAUAAAUCAUACCACAUUGCAGUGUCUUGCUGCUCGUGUCAUAGUGAAUCAUAGAAUAUAUUAUAAAGGGCAUAUCCCAGAAAAGCUAGAGACCUUUGUUUCACUUCAUAGAUGAUAAUUUGACUGUAUUUUAGCACUGUUAAAGCACGAAUUGGUAACAGUUGUUUCAUAAAUGAGCACUGUUGUGAUAACACCAGCAUUCGUUUAGCUUGAUAUCAUUGUGCUCUCAUUGGCUAAAGCAUUAUAAGCAUCAAAUUUACAGGUUCCUCAGUAUUUAAUAUAAAUAUACCAUAUAAUA